GUAUGGAGGAAGUAUCAGAGGCAUGUACAGCUCAAUUAACUUUGGCUAAGAGUGUUUCUAGUUUUAGAACAAAAGUUAAUAUUGCUGAAGAAAAAGAUCAAGUUCUCAGAUCUUUAUUUGGCAGCGAGCAAGGACUCGCAGAUACUGUUAAACAAACGCGUGAACAAUUUGCGAAUUUUCUAAAUUUAUUAGAAACUCAUGAAUUAAUGAUGCGUGAUCAAGUAAAAGCUAUGAAAGGAAAUGUUGGAGCAUCCAUAAAGACACUUGGGGAGGAGCUAGAAAAGCUUCAUUCACUUUGGAACCAAUUUAAACCGCGUUCUGAAAUAUUUACUUCUCAGGAUGACCGAAUGGCACUUAUCCGUGCUGUGGAAUUUAUUCGAGAAAAACGUCAAGAAUUUGAUAAAAUUUUUGUUAAAAUUGAAAAAGUAAAAGUUGAAUGUGAGCAAUUUGAAAUUGAACAACCCGAAUGGCCUCUUCUUAAUGAACUUAAAGAAUGGAUACUUUUCCGAAGCAAAACAUACAUUUUCGAUGAAUUUUUACAACAAUGGCUUGAAAAGCUGAAAUCAAUUCAGACUAGUAAUGUAUCUGUUAGAUUACAAAAGGAUAUUGAACAAAUGCGGGAAUUCUCUAUUAAUCUAAAAUUUUGUCGUGGAGAUAUUUUUAGUGCAGAUCAUUGGCUUGAAAUGUUUCGUUUACUUGGUCUUCCUCGCGGUACUUCUCUUGAAAAGCUGACAUUUGGAAAUCUUCUUAAUUCUCAGCAAAAACUAAUCGCAAAUUUGGAAAAAUUAAAAGAAUUAAAUGCUCGUGCCCAUGGGGAAGUUAGUAUUCGUGAAGCAAUACAGGAGCUUGAAAUGUGGGCAGCACAGGCGGAUUUUUCAUUAACAGACUACAAACAUGCUAGCGGAGCAUCUCUCAAAAUAGUAAAAGAAUGGAAGCCUAUACUUAAUCAAGUUCGGGAUAAUCAAGCUUUAAUAUCGUCUCUUCGAAAUUCUUCCUAUUAUGCCCAAUUCGCCGAACAAAUAGGCAUAUGGGAAAGAAAAAUAUCCGAUUUAGAAUUAUUUUUACACCAUCUUAGUGAAAUACAGCGCAAAUGGGUAUAUUUAGAACCUAUCUUUGGGAGGGGUUCUUUGCCUUCAGAAGCAGCACGUUUUAACCGAAUAGAUGCUGAAUUUCGGAUUAUUAUUAAUGAUAUUUCAAGAGACAAUCGUAUCAUUUCAUUAUGUUCUGGAAACAGUACAGCCUUGGGUCGAACUUUGGAACAAUUAGUCGAUCAAUUAAACAGAUGCCAACGGGCUUUAAAUGAUUUUCUUGAAGAAAAACGAGGCGCAUUUCCUCGAUUCUAUUUUCUUGGGGAUGAUGACCUUCUUGAAAUUGUUGGACAAUCUACAAAUCCAACAGUUAUACAAUCACAUUUGAAGAAAUUGUUUCAAGGAAUCAACAGAGUAGCAUUCGAUACACAAUUACAAAACAUUCGUGCAAUGAUUUCUGCUGAAGGAGAGACAGUUCAACUUAUUAAACCGGUUCAAAUAGUGCCAAAAGUUGAAAUAUGGUUAGAGGCUUUGAGUGAGGAAAUGAGGAAUACGUUACAAAAAUUGGUUGUUGACUGUCUUCAUGAACGUUCAUUAGACCCAAGUCGAUAUCCUUCACAAGUUUUAUGUCUCUCCGAACAAAUCAGGUUCUGUAGCGAUGUCGAAAAAUGUCUUUCUAAUGUUGGGGGAGAUCCUACCGAAAAUUUAACGGCAUAUAGACGUCAAUUAAUUAAACAACUUGAACAAUUGAGUGGGUCUUCUACAGAUGACCCUUUAGGACAGUUAAAACUGAAAGCUCUCGUAUUGGAUUUGAUUCAUCAUAUUUCAAUAUUAGAUCAACUUGUGGUUGCAGAAAAUAAUCAGUCAGUUAUUUGCUGGACGUGGAGAAGACAAUUAAGAUUUUAUUUGGUUUCUGGUCUUGUUAUUGUCCGCCAUGCUGACCAUGAAUUUAACUAUUCUUACGAAUAUCAAGGAAAUGCUCAAAAAUUAGUUAAUACACCAUUAACUGACAAAUGCUACCUAACUUUAACACAUGCACUUGCUAUGGGAUUGGGAGGAAAUCCUUAUGGCCCUGCUGGGACAGGAAAAACUGAAUCUGUCUUGGUUUUCAACUGCGAUGAAGGCAUUGACGUGAAUGCUAUUAGUCGCAUUUUUGUUGGGCUCGUUCAAUGCGGCGCCUGGGGAUGUUUUGACGAAUUCAAUCGCCUUACAAAAGGAGUUCUUUCUGCUGUUUCUAGCCAAGUCCAAAUUAUUCAAGAAGCUGUCCGUGUCCGUGCAAGCAAUUGCCAAAUAGGAGAUCAUUCUUCUGUUCCAGUAAAUGGAAAUUCGGCAAUUUUUGUUACCCUCAAUCCAGCAGGAAAAGGUUAUGGUGGUCGGCAAAGGUUACCAGAUAAUCUAAAACAACUUUUCCGUCCAGUGGCUAUGUCUGUGCCAGAUAACGAAUUAAUUGCAGAAACUCUGCUUUUUUCGGAGGGUUAUACACAAGCAAAAUCUCUAGCUAAAAAAUUAGUUACAACAUUCUCACUAGCAUCUGCAAUGCUGAGUACUCAACAACAUUAUGAUUGGGGACUUAGAGCCCUUAAAACAGUAUUAAAAGGAUGUGCAGAUUCAAUAGCUAAAAGAAGACAAGAUAUUAAAAGUCAACAGAAACAACAAAAAUUAACAGUUGAAGAGGAAAGGGAACUUAUUGUUCAAAAUUUACAUUUAAAUACAAUGUCUAAACUGACUUUUGAAGAUGCGCAGCGUUUUAGAAUUUUAUUGGAAGAUAUUUUUCCGGGUGUGCCAAAUCGAACGAUGCAAUUUGAUGAACUUCGUCCACAUUUGGAACGUGCUGCUCAAAAUAUGCAAAUAACUCUAAGUAUAGUCCAAAUGCACAAAAUUUUUGAACUUUAUGAACAAUUACGUCAAAGAGUUGGUGUAAUAAUUGUUGGGCCACCAGGAACUGGGAAAUCUACACUUUGGCAUUUGCUACAGGGAGCUCUGUCUAAUAGUGGUUUUCAAAUGAUCGAUGUCUACAAAAUGAAUCCAAAAUCAAUGCCUCGUUCACGACUUCUUGGAAAUUUGGAACCAGACACUCGUGAAUGGACGGAUGGAACACUAAGUCAAGCCUCUCGCGUUGCAACUCGAGAUCCAGGGAAACCUGCUUGGAUUGUUUGUGAUGGAGAUGUUGAUCCAGAAUGGAUUGAAGCUUUAAAUUCUGUUUUGGAUGAUAACCGUUUAUUGACUUUACCUUCUGGAGAAAGAAUACAAUUCGGUCCAAAUGUCAAUUUUAUUUUUGAAUGUGUUGAUCUGAGUCAUGCUUCUCCAGCAACUAUCUCCCGUGUAGGGAUGAUCUUAUUGAGUAGAGAAGAUUUGCCCUUGAAAUCUGUUAUUGACAGAUUUAUUGUACAAUAUGGGCAUUCUUUACCAGCCCAAUUGCCUGAUUGGAUUAACAAGCAUUUAGUGCCAGCCGUUGAAUGGACCUUUGAACAUCUUAAUAGGGACUUUAUUUGUAGCCAAGUUGGUAUCGUAAAAAAUGUACUAUCACAAAUCAGAUAUAUCCAAACAUUAAAUCAAUUUUUGGUUUAUGUUCUGAGAACUUUACUUCCUUAUAUUGAAUUCGAUUCUAGAAACGAAUUUGCUGAACGUGUAGUAUUUAAUGGAAUAUCUUUGCCUGAUCCAAGAGCGCCUUUGAAUAUUUUUGCAGAUUCUCGUAGUGAUAUUUUGAUGGCUUAUAGUGAAGAUGAUGGAAAUGUAAAGAAAUUUAUCUAA